AUGGCACAGGAUACGGAGCCAUCUGGACCAGCGGUGGAUGAGGAACCUUCUUCCCCGACACUCUCUUCCCCAACACCUGUGGCAUCAGCCUCAGCCUCGUCUCAGCCCACCUAUACAACUGCCGGGACAAUCUACAACCCCAGCUCCUCGCAGCGGCUCCAGCCUCCCGCUCGUCGUGGUCGCUUGCUCAAGUUGAACUCCGAAGCCAGUGGAUUCCCUCUUGAUGCCGCCAAAUUUGGUACUCCCAGAUCUAUGCUGUCUGACGCACAGUUCAGAUCUGACGCCAGUACCAAAGUGCCCGCAGCUACAGCCAUUCAACAGUAUAGUCCUUUGCAGCAAAACUAUGAUCGUGCAGUUAGCCCUGUUGUCAGCCCAACUCACGAACCCGGAAUGUCAUUUCAUGGCGUCAGGCCGCACAAUGCGUCUCUCCAUGCUGGAGCUGAUUCGCCACAUGUCUCUCUCUUCGAUAACGGCAAGGGGAAGGCGGUCGCAACCAAUAAUGGCAGUUCUAGCGAUGACGACGACGACAUUGUCAACAGCGCCCUAAUGAACAUGACUGUCAAAUCUCUCCAAAACCUGGCUUCGUACCCGAACCCGAACCAAAAGAGCGCUCAGAAGGCGCUUCUUCGGGGGACAAGGCCAAAGGCGGGCAGCAACCUGAGCGGUGGCCCAUCUAGAUUGAGCACCCCAUUCACAUACCCUAACGCCAGUCCUGGUAGAGCAACAAACCCCCCGAGUGAAGACGCCUCAAUCGGAUUCAGACCUAUUCUGUCGGAACCCAGCGCUCUUUACCAGAGAACCCAAGACCGUCGAUGGAGAUCUCGAAAGAUGGCAUCCGAAGCUGGAGCAAGUGGUACCUAUUACAGUGCAUAUGAAUCCCGGCGCUCGACCCCUUCCACAAACAGUGACAUAACGGAUCUCAAUCCUUCAGCGUCUAUGCAUCUCGCCACAGGCCCAGGCGCGCCCAAACCUUUGACGGCUGGACCUCCUGGUCAGCGCCAAUAUCGCCCUUCAACAUUCGAGUCGACAUUCAAAGCACUCGCGACUCGAUCGGUAGCCUCUCAAGGGUUUUUCAAUGAAGCUGAAGAGGAUCGUCCUUCGUUUGCUGUCAGGGUGGCCAACACCGUGCCAUCGACUCCCCAAGACUCCGUCGCAGAGGACGAGGAAUACAUGUCGGCCCCCGAGUUGUCCAUGAACACGUACAACGGCAUGCCCGCAGUUGCCCGGAGCCCACCCCCUGAGUAUGAGGAGAACCCGAUGAUUUCUCCUAAUACUCUGCUGUACUUGACCAUCAAUUCCGAGCCCGACUGGCCACAAGAACAACGGUGCAACGCUGAUGAUGUGUACGGGUGUACUUGCCCAGCCUAUGAAAUGGGUGGAACAAGCGUCGCAAAUUCUGCUACCCAGAGACAGGGCUACUCUGGCUCAUCUGGCCCGGGGGUUCCAGGGAGCUUUCACACACCCUGGCAGCCAGAAAUGUAUUGUGCCUAUGAGCAAUGGGAUGAGCCCCUAGGUCCAAUGUUUCCCCAAUCCUUGGGGUAUCCAGGACGCUUGACCGUACGGGAGAUUCAAGAACACAAUUGGCGACUCAACGUUAUGUGGUAUGCAGGAACUGGUUUACUGGGUGACUUUGAUGCGGCACAAGUGCUCUCCCAGCCUACCAGCCACAAUACCAACCCGCCAGUAGCAAAGCAUAUUUACGGUGCAGUUGGAGAGGGACGUCCCAACCAAGCUGUAAAGGAGAGCCCCGCGGCUCGAGAAGAUGGGCCUUGCAGCAUGCCAAUCAGGUUUGUCGACGACGACGUUACGGACGGCCUCGCGCUCUUGGACCGAGUUUUGAGCAGGGCUACUUGA